GAAAUAAUCCACCGUUUUAAACGUGCCACCCACGAAUUCGGAUUUCGUCCUCACAAAAUCCGAACUCGUCACUCAAACACCCAAGCUUCAGGGCUGCCCGAAAUCAAAACGAUCCGUUGAACGGUGGAACUCAGCUUGUGUGCCAGUGCCACGCUACGCUAGAACAAAAACCAAGCUACGAAUUGUGGUUAAGUACUCAAUGAGUUCUUCAUCCCUAUUCUCUCCCUCCAUCUGUCAUUAGAGCUCCUUCUCACCACUGUAUCACAUUUUCAGGCUCCCCCACCCGCCCCAACCCAUUCUUUCAGUUCCCUCUCUCCUUCUCUAUGUCGGUUUUGCCUUGUCUGCUCUGUGUGCAUGUUCGUCCUUCGCUGUCUUGGGUCUUGUUGAUUUCUCUUCUUUAGCCAUGACGGCCAAGAAAAUGCAGGAGUCCUUCUCUAAAGCUUUCAUUGACGAGGUACAUAAAUGGAGUUGUCUGAAACCAACUGGUGUGAGCUUGAGAUACAUGAUGGAAUUUGGGUCCAAGCCCACCGAGAAGAAUUUACUUCUCUCUGCUCAGUUCCUUCAGAAAGAGCUUCCUAUCAGAAUUGCCCGGAGAGCAGUUGAGCUUGAAUCCUUGCCUUAUGGGCUCUCUAAUAAACCUGCUGUUUUAAAGGUGCGAGACUGGUAUUUGGAUUCUUUCCGUGAUGUGCGGUGCUUUCCGGAGAUCAAAGAUGCAAGCGAUGAGUUGGAUUUCACAGAAAUGAUUAAGAUGAUUAAAGUGAGGCACAACAAUGUGGUUCCGAUGAUGGCAUUGGGUGUUAAUCAGCUGAAGAAAGACUUGGAUCCGAAGAUCGUUCCUGAGGAUCUUGACGAGAUACAUGAAUUUCUUGAUCGUUUUUACAUGUCAAGAAUUGGGAUACGCAUGCUUAUUGGGCAGCAUGUGGCUUUGCACGAUCCCAAUCCGCAACCUGAUCGUGUAGGCUAUAUACAUUCGAAAAUGUCUCCCAUGGAGGUAGCACGAGGUGCCAGUGAGGAUGCCCGUUCUAUUUGUUCACGAGAAUAUGGAACUUCACCUGAAGUUAACAUCUAUGGAGAUCCAAAUUUUACAUUUCCAUAUGUUCCGAAGCAUUUACAUCUUAUGGUAUUUGAAUUGGUUAAGAAUUCUUUACGUGCCGUCCAAGAGAAGUUUAUGGACUCGGACAAAGUUGCACCUCCAGUUCGAAUCAUAGUUGCUGAUGGAAUAGAGGAUGUUACAAUAAAGAUCUCAGAUGAAGGUGGUGGAAUACCAAGAAGUGGCCUUCCAAGGAUAUUCACAUAUCUCUAUACUACAGCAAGUAAUCCAUUGGAUGAACAGACAGAUUUUGCAUCAAAUGAUGUUAUGACAAUGGCUGGAUAUGGUUAUGGACUUCCAAUAAGUCGCCUUUAUGCUCAAUAUUUUGGAGGGGAUCUGCAAAUUAUUUCCAUGGAAGGUUAUGGGACCGAUGCAUACCUUCAUUUGUCUCGUCUAGGAGAUUCACAAGAAACGCUGCCAUGAUUCUAUGCCCCAGCUCGAAAAUAUAACAUAUUUGUUUAUGGUUUCCAACAUCUCACUGAAGAAGCCUAGCGUGGGAAGUGGAAGGUUUACUGCUUUACCAUUAUCAUUUAAAAAAGGAGGAUUGGCUGCAUGGUUUCCUCACGUACUGCUCGAGUUGGUAGCAUUCUUGUUCGCUCUUUGUUUCUAUCGUAUAUCAUACUUACCAGUGUAUAUGAGAUUUGAGAAUGCCGUUGGAUUAUUUGGGUGGUUUUAUUUCUUUUCGAUGUUGGGUUGGGAACGCCAUUAAAGCCUUCUUGUAAAUGUCUUACCAAAGGAUAGAGGGACACUUAUUUUUGGCUAUUAAUUACGGAGAAGUACGGAUACACUUAAUGCAGAAA